AUGGCUCUCUUGAACAAUUGGAGGUGGAGGAUAGCGCAAGGGCAUAAGUCUUUAUGGUUAGAGGUGUUAAAGGCUCGUUACGGUGAUUUGUGUAUGCAAUCUUUUUGUGAUGGAGAUUCUUUCAAACGUGCUUCUUCUUCUCUUUGGUGGAGAGAUAUUUUAAAGGUUAGUGUUGUUUCUUCUAAUCCGUUGCAUAUUGACCCCAUUGUAGCGAAUUGUAAGUUCAGGGUGGGAAAUGGUUUUAAUACUCCUUUUUGGGAAUCUUGUUGGUGGAAUAAUUGUUUUUUAAGGGAGGUUUUUCUGGAACUUUUUUUGGCUUCUUCUUUAAAAAAGGUGUCGGUUGCGGUUAUGGGAGGGUGGAUUGAUGGGAUUUGGAAGUGGGGAGAUCUUGGCAUUUCGGUUGUUGGUAGGGAUGCGGUUUUUUUACAUUCCCUUUCGGUGUUGAAGGAUCUUUUGGAUAAUUUCGGUAGCUUGAAUGAUUCGAAGGAUGAGGUGGAAUGGUUGUUGGACUUGAAUAGCGGAUAUACGGUUUCCUCUUGUUAUUGUUUUUAUGCUUCUAGGCGUAUUCUUUACGGUCCUCCGGUUAAGUAUGAAGAGGCUUUCAAUUUGAUUUGGAAAGCGGAUGUUCCCUUUAAGAUAAAGGCAUUUGGUUGGAGGCUUUUUUUGAAUAGGUUACCAACUAAAAAUUUAUUGGUGUAUAGAGGUAUUAAUCUAAAUCAUGACAAUUUAAUGUGUGUUUUUUGUAAUUCUCAUGUCGAAGAGGCGGAUCAUUUGUUUUCUAAAUGUUUUGUGAUUAAAUUGGUGUGGAAAGAAAUGGCUUCGUGGGUGGGCUUUUCGGGUUGGUCGGAGGAAGAAUGUAUCCCGUUUUUUGUGGAAUGGCAUUCGUUGAGCCGUGGUAAAAAGAUUAAAAGCGGCAAAUUGGGGGUGUUUUGGUUAGCCACAACUUGGAUCAUAUGGUUGACUAGGAAUGCUUUUUGUUUUAGGAAUGAAGUGUGGAACAUAAAUAAUAUGGUUUGGAGCAUCAAGUUUUUGGCUUGGAGGUGGGCUUCUUUUGGCAAUAUUAUCUAUUCCAAUUGUUGUUUUUACGACUUUUUCAAAGACCCAUGGUCUUCUUUGUCGUAA